AUGGAUAGUUGUGUUUGCGUAUUCAAUUCUCUUCUUUCUUAGUUUCAAGACAUGAUUGCUAACUUCAGUGCUCAUUCAGCAUCAACAGGAGGAUAGAGUCUUACUCACGAUGGUGGAUUCGGCAAUACUAUUCCCACUCUAAGUGGAGCUAACCCUAACUUGACUGGCAGAUUUAACUCUCAAAGCCCAAUGACUGAUGGAGGAUUCUUCGCUGUCCUUUUAAUUGGGUUAUUCAUGCUAAUGAUGAUCAUGAGCAAUAACAAUGGGGCCCAGAGAAACAGUCAAGAUCUAAAGAUUGGCAGGUAAAACCCUGAGAAUCGCAGAAAUAACCGUUAUGAUGAGGACUACCUAGACUGA